CUCUCGACCGGAUCAAUAGUUUUGUGCGAGAGUUUCUCUGUUUCUUUUUGCUCGUCGCUGUACCAGUGUUAGUCAGUGUCGUGCUGUUGUUAUGUCUGUUACAUUUCAGAUGACCUAUGGAUACCGUCGAGUGAUCUGUUGAAGUGCGCCGGUGUUCAAAGUGCUUUUCUAAUUGUUCUAUAACCCUACUAUUAUAAAAUAUAUUUGCAAUAACUAUAAUUACCCCAAAUAUGUUAAACUCUAAACAGUUAAUUUUAUCAAGAAUAAAUUGUAUUUGAUAGAUACGACCAUUAACUUAGAUACAAAAUUUUUUUACUAAUACAUAAAUUUAAAAAUUAACACAAUGUUGGUGCCGGCAGACAUGCUGUCGGCACAGUCCAAAAUGCUUUACCAGCUAAACAAAUACAGCACGGAGCGAGUUCAAGCUAGGAAAGUUACCAUAGCGAAGACAAUCCGCGAAGUGUGUAAAGUGGUGCAAGACGUUUUGCGCGAAGUGGAAGUGCAAGAGCCUCGGUUCAUCUCGUCACUGACCGAGUGCAACGGAAGAUUCGAAGGACUCGACGUUCUCUCCCCAGUGGAGUUCGAGGUAGUGUUGUACCUCAACCAGAUGGGACUGCUGAACUUCGUAGACGACGGCUCCAUCCCCGGGUGCGCCGUCUUGAAGCUGGGCGACGGCCGCAAGAGGUCCAUGUCGCUCUGGGUGGAGUUCAUCACCGCCUCAGGGUACCUCUCCGCUCGCAAGAUCAGGUCGAGGUUCCAGACUCUGGUAGCUCAAGCGUGUGACAAAUGCGCGUACCGUGAUUCUGUCAAGAUGAUCGCCGACACGACCGAGGUGAAGCUGAGGAUACGCGAGAGGUACGUGGUGCAGAUCACGCCGUCCUUCAAGUGUUCCGGAGUAUGGCCGAGGUCUGCAGCGCACUGGCCCAUACCGCACAUACCCUGGCCUCAUCCUAAUAUCGUAGCUGAGGUGAAAACUGAAGGGUUCGACCUUCUCUCCAAGGAAUGCUACACGAUCCAAGGGAAACAAUCAGCGAUGGAAGGUGAUGCUUGGGUUAUGUCAUUCACCGAAGUUGAAAGCAGACUACUCUUCGGGGCGUGCAGAAGAAGAUGUUUAAGCAUUUUGAAAACUCUCAGAGACCGACACUUAGAACUUCCUGGCAGCCCUGUGACCAGCUACCACAUAAAGACCCUGGUGCUGUACGAAUGUGAGAAACAUCCGAUGGAAACAGAAUGGGACGAAGCCAGUCUUGGAGAUCGCAUCAACGGUAUUCUUCUCCAGCUGAUAUCUUGUCUGCAAUGUCGCAGAUGUCCACAUUACUUCCUUCCUCAGCUCGACCUGUUCAAGGGCAAGUCGCCGAGCGCGCUGGAGAACGCUGCCAAGCAGGUCUGGAGACUCACGCGCGAACUUCUCACAAACUCCAGCGCCUUCGACAAUCUGUAAUGUUCAACAACAAUCUAGAAUAUGAGGAAAGUAUCAGAGGUAGCAUUUCGGGCCAAGCAGACAGAUGUUCCAUAAUAUUUUCUUUCCAAAAGGUUGUAGUUCUCCAUUUUUCUUUCAUCUACGAUUAACAAGGUAUCCGAAAUUAUAAAGUUUAAUGCUCACGUUUUGUAAAAUUCUUUACUAAAUAUUUAACUGUAUUAAUAUAGUUAAUAUAGUUAACGGAAAUUGGACGGUAAUUAAGAGAGCAUGAAUUUUUCACUCUUUCAUGCUUAACUUGCUUGAAAAACAACUAGUUUAUUUUUGUUAGAUUUUUCAUUUUGGGGACAAUGUUAAAAGCGUCUGAUCUCUGAUUCUUUCCUCCAUCAGUAAACCUAUAGCUUAAAUAAUAGCUUUAAUAUUGUUAUGUUGACAUUAUUUAACUUGCGGUGCAGAUUUCUGAUGCCACGCACUAUUCAAAAGGCAUUAUAAGCGUUAGGCGUACUUUUAACGGCUUUUAAUUUUUAUUGGGGUUUAAAUUUUAAAAUACAGGUUAGAUUAGAAUUUUUCUUUUAUAGGUUACAAAACAGUUUUUUGGUGUUUAUAGGCGAAAAUGAACAAUCAAAUAAAACCUAAAACGCAAAUAAAUAUCUAAAUUGACUUGUUAGUUAUCUCACGAUUGCUGAAAGUAAUGUUUUUAUUUUCAACAUGUAUCUUUUAAUAGGAAGAAAAACCGGGAUGCAAAAUUAACAGUUAAGUUUUGGUUCUUGCCGGAGAACCAACAUGUAAAGAUAUUUUAAAACUACAACUAUUUAGCAUCAUAAUCACAACAUUAGUACAACAUUUGCAAAACCUAUAAAGAAAGCUUUGAAUUUUAGUUUUAAAUUACGUUGAUUAGUAGAGCUCAGCAAAAAUUUUUGAUUUUAACCCUGGUUAUCGUUUUUAGUUUAAAAUUGUAAAUUUAAAACCGAACAAAUGUAAAAAAAAAUAUAUAUAAUGAUUUAUCUUUAAAAGAAUUAUGA